UUGUAUGAACACAAUUGAAGUUGAGACCAUCAAUAACAAAAUGGAACCAUCAAGACCCCAUGUGGUUUGUGUUCCACUCCCAGCACAAGGUCACAUAAACCCAAUGCUAAAACUAGCAAAACUCCUUCAUCAUAGUGGUUUUUUCAUCACCUUUGUCCACACACAAUUCAACUUUGAUCGUUUGUUACAAUCUAGUGGCCAAAAUUCCUUAAAGGGUCUUCCAGAUUUUCGGUUUGAGACCAUAUCUGAUGGUUUGCCACCAGAAAAUCAACGUGGAAUAAUGGACCUACCAGAUUUGUGCAGUGCAAUGCCUAUUGGUGGGUUGAUUUCAUUCAGAAAUCUUAUAGCAAAGUUUGUUUCUUCAGAAAAUGAAGAUGUGCCUCCUGUUACAUGCAUAGUUUCUGAUGGUGUGAUGAAUUUUACUUUGAAAGUUGCACAAGAAUUCAAUAUUCCUGAGUUCAUGUUAUAUACUCCUAGUGGAUGUGGUAUGUUGGGGUAUAUUAACUUUGAUGAGCUUCAGAAAAGAGGCUAUUUUCCACUUAAAGAUGAGAAGAAUGUGUGUGAUGGAUAUCUUGAAACUGAAGUUGAUUGGAUACCAGCAAUGAGAGGUGUUAAACUGAAAGACCUUCCCACUUUCUUUAGGACUACAAAUUCUAAUGAUACAAUGUUCAAUUACAACAGAGAAUCAGUGAACAAUGCAAUGAAUGCAAAAGGUGUCAUUCUUAACACUUUCCAAGAAUUAGAGCAAGAGGUAUUAGAUGCAAUCAAAAUGAAAUACCCUCACCUUUACCCUAUUGGUCCAUUAUCCAUGCUGCAUAAAAAAAAUUCAAAUUCAAGUUCAAAUAAUCAAUUGGAUUCCAUUGAUUUUAAUUUAUGGAAGGAAGAUGUUAACUGCAUGAAUUGGUUGGAUAAAAAAGACAAAGGUUCAGUGGUUUAUGUGAAUUUUGGGAGCUUAGUGAUUAUGACUACCAAGCAAUUAAGAGAGUUUGCUUGGGGAUUAGCCAAUAGCAAAUACAAUUUCUUAUGGGUCAUUAGACCUAAUCUUGUGGAUUGUGGAGAUGAGGUGAUAUCAAAUGAUGAAUUUAUGAAAGAAAUUGAAAAUAGAGGGUUAAUUUUGGGGUGGUCCCCACAAGAGAAAGUUCUAAGUCAUUCAUGUAUUGGAGGCUUUUUAACUCAUUGUGGAUGGAACUCAACAUUGGAAAGCAUUUGUGAGGGUGUGCCAUUGGCUUGUUGGCCUUUUUUUGCUGAACAACAAACUAAUUGUUUUUAUGCAUGUAAUAGAUGGGGGGUUGGAAUAGAAAUUGAGAGUGAUGUUAAUAGAGAGCAAGUUGAAGGGUUAGUGAAGGAACUUAUGAAGGGAGAAAAAGGGAAAGAAAUGAGGAACAAGUGUUUGGAGUUGAAGCGUAAGGCUGAGGCUGCUACAUCAAUCGGAGGGUCUUCUUAUAAUAACUACAAUAGUUUGGUUUUGAAAUUGAAAUUUGAAAAGUAGAAGAUGUUGCGGUGAGUUAUGUGUGUCUUUUUUGUGUGCGUUCAAAAUUGAAAUUGAAAUCUAGAGUUCGACCAUGAGUCAAUUAUGUCAAAUAAUUCGUCUUGGGAUGAAGCUCAUGAACCACUUAAACCUAAUUAAUUGGCUAAUGAUUUAUGUGUUUAACUUUUGUAAUAUAAAUAAAAGCUAAGAUAUUGUUUGCAAAUGUUGGAAAACA